AUGACUUCACCAGCCGUCUUCGCCGCCGUCCCUGCCGUCGCCCCCGUCUCUGUCGUGACCGCCGUCACCUCCGCCGCCGCCGCCGUCCCAUACACCACCUUCGACUCACUCCGACUCGGCAGGACCGCCCAAUCUCUGGUUGGUAGACUCAUCCGAUUCUGGGAUGCUAAGGAUAUCGAUAAGAACGGGGAACUUUUGGGAAUAACCCUUCUACUGCUUGAUGAGAACGACUCGGUGAUACACGGUUUCAUCCCUGCUAACCGGGUCAGCCAUUACCGGGCAUCACUGGAGUCCGGUUCAAUUGUCAGAUUGGAGUGCUUUGAGGUUGCAAGAGUGUCCCAUAUGUAUAAGGUCACUGAACAUCAGUUCGUGAUUCGAUUCCUUCCUUCAACACGAAUGGUUGGAGUCCAAGUGGGUGGUCCUGUGAUCAAAACCAUACAUGGUGAGGCGUAUUGGCCAUCUGCAAAUGUUGUAGGAGAGAUCCGCUCGGUGCAGGGUUCUGAUCUGGAGAACAACGCAGACACGAGCAGGAUUGUUGUCCUUCUCCUGAUCGAACCGUAA